CAAGGAAUCCCGGCAUGACAACAUAAGCUCGUCUAAUAUGACGCACAGCAGACUAGCGUUGCGCAGUUUCACGUCUCACGUGAUUAACUCUUGUUUGCCGGUGAGUUGAAGAGAGCGACCGACGGGAACAACAUUUCUAUCAACUGUUCUAUUACAUUUUUAUUUUAUUUAUUUAUUUUGUGUGAUUUUUUUGUCCUUUUUUUGUUGCAUUUUAGGCUAUCAAGUCGAGAUAAGCCGAGUUUAUGGUUAAUAUGUGAUCGAAACUGCAUCGCAAAACGGUCAAAUCGUUGCCUACCCCACGAUUUAUUCGCGUUGGUCUGAAGCUAACUCGUUUGGAUAGCAAAGUAGCCUAUUAUUUAAUUGUACCAACACCGUAAUGCUCUCGAAUACCGAAAAAGAGCUGAUUGUACAGAUAUGGGACAAAAUGAUUCCAGUGGCGGAAGAUAUUGGAUCUGAGGCUCUUUUAAGGAUGUUCACAACGUUCCCCAAAACAAAGACAUACUUCUCUCAUCUAGAUAUCAACCCCAAUUCAGAUCAUUUACGCUGCCACGGGAAGAAAAUCGUCCAGGCUUUGGCCGAAGGAGCGAGGAACAUAAGCACCCUUGCUACUACGUUGGCACCACUGAGCAGGUUCCACGCCUAUCUACUGCGAAUACAUCCUACGAACUUCAAGCUUCUCAAUCAUUGCAUCCUCGUGACGUUAGCCUGCCACAUGGGUGACAACUUCACACCAGUUGCACACGCGGCGAUAGACAAGUUUCUUUCGGCAUUCGCAGCUGUUUUAGCCGAGAAGUUCCGAUGAGGAGCCUCCGAAGAAGGAUCGAAAGUUUUUCUUUAAUAAAUGUAUAAUACAUGUUUUGCGAAGUAGCCUACGUGUGUCUUUUGUGUGUAAUGCAAUGCAAUAUUCAAUAAUAAACAACAAUAAAAAUACUAAUUUUGUGGCAUGCAACAC